UGGGAAUAAAACGAAAAAAUAACAAUUUUUCGUGUACUCCAAAACGUUUUUUAUUCAAAAAUUUAAGUCUAAACUAAUCCUCAGACUGUCAAGCUGUACGUUUGUAUAAAACUGAGUAUGAACCGAAUAACCAAUAAAGAUUGUGCGCUGCAUCAGUAGUACGAAAAAGUCAAUGUUUACACGAACGUAACCUAUAAAUUCGAAUGUCAAAGACAAUACUGAAAACUGCGUCUAAAUUUAUUUAUAAAAAAUGGGCAAACACGAAGUGGGUACUCCAAAAUAUAUCGCGAACAAGAUAAAAGCUAAAGGAUUGCAAAAAUUACGAUGGUUUUGUCAAAUGUGUGAAAAACAGUGUCGAGACGAAAAUGGGUUUAAGUGUCACACAAUGUCCGAAUCACAUCAUCGACAGUUGCUACUCUUUGCUGACAACCAACACAAAUAUAUGGACGAAUUUUCUCGAGAGUUUUCUCAAGGCUAUAUAAAUUUACUUAAAAGACAAUUUGGCACGAGACGCACACCAGCCAAUAGAGUUUAUCAGGAAUAUAUUGCGGAUCGUGGUCAUGUUCAUAUGAAUGCUACCAUUUGGCUCAGUUUGACAGCAUUUGUUAAAUGGCUCGGUCGUUCCGGAAAAUGUGUCGUCGACGAGACAGAAAAAGGCUGGUUUGUCACUUACAUCGACCGUGACCCAGAGACACUGGCGUUGCAGGAAAAGAAAGCGAAGAAACAAAAAAUGGACAAAGACGAUCAAGAACGAAUGAUGGAUUUUAUUGAGAAACAAGUAGAAAAAGGGCGUCAGGAAAUUUAUGAUCCCUCCGGAGAAUUCAAAGUACCUUUGUCAAGAACAGAAGACGACGCUCCAGUCGUUUUCGAAUUGAAAUUGAAACCGAAGCCGCUUCCAGUUCUUUCCAACAGUUUAUCACAGAAAUCAAGUUCCUUAACAAAGAAAAUAAAGACUGAGCCGCUUUCGAGUCCAGAAAGCGAUGAGGAGGACUCUCCAAACGCAUCAAGAUCCAAAUCAGACGAAUCAACAUCAAGAUCAAAAAGAGAAAGUUCACAAAAACGUAAUUACGAUGAAGACGAGUCUUCGUCUUCCGGAAAAAGAAAAAAGAAAUACAAAGCAGAAUCUGACGACGAAAAUGAGCGUGGAAAGGAAAAAGGCUGGCUUCACGAGGGUCUUACUGUCAAAAUCAUCACAAAAAGUUUGGGAGACAAAUAUUACAAGGCAAAGGGCCAAAUUCAGCAAGUUUUCGACAAUGCCUUUGUUGCUAAACUGAAAAUCAAAAGUCCCGAAAAUGUCGAAGGACAUUGCCUCAAAUUGGAUCAAGCACAUUUAGAAACAGUUUUACCAGCAAUCGGCAAGGAAAUUCUUAUUGUCCAGGGAAGAUACACGGGCUUAAGGGCUUUUCUGCAAAAGGUCAGAAUUGAUGAAUUUGCUGUCGAUGUCGAACUUUGCGAUGAUGAAAAAGUCGUUAAAAGAUUGCCCUACGAAGCUGUUUGCAAGUACGAACGAAAACAUUGAUUACUCAAUUGUGUUCGAUCGUAAAAUUAUUUUUUAUCAUUAUAUUUUCCGAUGUAUAAUAAUUGUACAGUUGAAUAUACCAAAUUUAUUUCGGA